AUGGCCUCCACGGGCAACAUAAGCAGAUAUCUCCGCGUAUCGGCAUAUUGCUUUUUAUGCAACCGGCCCUUCUCGACAGACCACGCGCCCGUCGCCAUACGGGCGUGCGGCCACAUCUUCGGAUACCGCUGCCUGUCCAUCACUCUCAACGGCGGCGACGUCGACGUAAAAGCCACAUGGUCCGACGUGUCGAUGCUGGCGCCCAAAGGCGCAAAGUGCCCCGAAUGCAAAGUCCCCAUCACGCACAUUGAAAGCGAGCAAAAAGCGCUAUCAAUACUCCGCGACAUCAGCAGCGACGCCCCGGACCAACGCAACAGGCUACAUGCGUUUGUCGAGCAGCUGCGGGAAAGCGUGGCAAAGGAAGACCCGGAUGUGGAGCCAAAGGACUAUAUGCAGUUUUUUCGCAGAUGCUAUACUAGUGACGGCGACGAUAUUUUGCAGAAGGCGCUGCAGGAUGCGGCGAGUGCGGGGGAUUACUUUUCACCGUUCCACGAUGCGAUUACCGCGUCGAGGGCGAGUGAUCCGCAACCUAUGGGUUUCGCGCUGCUGCGGCUGUGCUAUUUGCUGUGGGAUGCGCAUCAUGCGAUGAGGCGGAAGAGUAGCGUGUCGAUCAAUGUGUUGCUGUGGGAGGGGAAUCGGUGUCUGGGGGUUACUAAUCCGUUGGUGCAGUGGGAGGAUGUGGAGGAGGCGGCCGAGAUGGAGGAUACGAGACUUUUCCCGCUGCUGCAUUGCUUUACUAUGCUGGCUUCGCAGGCGCUGGCGAGGCAGAAUCUGGUGGAGCCUUGGGUUGGGGAGGAGGGGGUGGGCUUGGCGAGGAAGUUUGCGUGCGAGUGUAUUGGGCCGCAUUUUGAGGGGGAGCCGGGGGAUGUGUGGUUGGUGAAGUUGGGGGUCGUGGUUAAUGAGUUGAAGAGGCAUCAGUUUGAGAUGGGGAGGAGGCCGUUGGCUGGGGGUUCGGCGGAGAGGAGUAUUGUGAGGGGGUGGUGGGCGUUGGGAAAUAUGGAGGCUGAGAGUGAGGAAUGA